AGUAGGCGUGGAUAUCUUGGAGACUGAGACAGAGAGGUGAAAGAACAUUCCUUCGCGUCAAAGGAGUUCUAUGAACACGGAUCCGGAACACUGUCAUCUAGUUGUCAUCUAGUUGCAAACAUUUUUUACCUCUUCAGGAGAAAAGGAUUGCUCAGGUUGAACUUCAACAAACUCUUGAGGGUUUUCAAAUUACUUUCACCUGACUGAUCCAGACCGGGCAACAGCAUGCCUGUCGUGGAGAGAGAGCCACCGAAAGGCCGCAGGGAAAGCUAUGUCCUGCCCAAGGUGCCUGUCCCACCCCUGAAGCAGACCCUGGACAUGUACCUGACCAGUAUUAAACACCUGGUGAAAGAGGAACAGUACCAGAAGACUAAAUCCAUUGUGGAGAAGUUUGGAGAACCAGGCGGCACUGGAGAGCUGCUGCAGGAGAAGCUACUGGAGAAGAGCAUCAACACACACAACUGGGUAUAUGACUACUGGCUUGACGAUAUGUAUUUGAAUCAGAGAUUGGCCCUACCAGUCAACUCCAAUCCUGCCAUGGUCUUCCCAAAACAAGACUUUAGAGAUCACAAAGACUCACUCAAAUUCGCUGCUCACCUCAUCACAGGAGUUCUGGAGUAUAAGAAACAUAUUGACACACGGGCGUUGCCCGUGGACUUUUCUCGGGGCCAGCUGGCUGGGACCCCUCUGUGUAUGAAGCAGUACUACCGUCUCUUCAACACAUACCGUCUGCCCGGCCUCAAGAGGGACACCCUCGUCAUCCACGAGACUGGGUCCACCGAGCAGGAGCACAUCAUCGUUGCAUGCAAGAACCAGUUCUUUGUGAUGGACCUAGUGGUAAAGGAGAAACCACUGAGAGAAAUGGACAUCUCAAGCCAACUGGAGAAGAUCGUAAAGAUGGCAGAGAACACGGAGGAGAGACAGCCUCCUUUUGGUCUGCUGACGUCAGAUGGAAGAACAGAAUGGGCCCAGGCUAGAGACGUGCUCAUUAAAGAUUCAGUUAACAGAGAGUCGUUGGCUGUGAUCGAGAAGUGUCUGUGCGUGGUGUGUCUAGACGACCCCAGUGGGAUGGAGGUUGGGGAUACCAGCCGAGCCCUAAUGAUGCUCCAUGGAGGAGGCCAUGAGAAGAUGGGGGCAAACCGCUGGUAAGACAAGCCAAUGCAGUUUGUUGUAGGGGAGGAUGGAGUCUGCGGCACGGUGUGCGAGCAUUCACCCUUCGAGGGAAUAGUUCUCGUGGCGUGUACCGAAUACCUGAUGAAAUUCAUGACAGGAAGUCCCUCCAAGAUAGGGAGGGCCACCAGCGUGUCGGAGCUUCCUGCUCCUCGUAGACUGCUCUGGAAGACCACGCCCCAUAUCCAGGGCCUCCUGAAGGCCUCUGCUGAGAGACUGCAGAGGCUGGUUAGAGAUCUGGACAUGGAUGUACACAAGUUUGAGGUCUAUGGAAAAGAAUUCAUCAAGAAGCAGAAGAUGAGCCCAGAUGCGUACAUACAGGUGUCUCUACAACUGGCAUUUUACAGAUGCAAUGGACGGCUGGUGUCCACUUAUGAGAGUGCUUCUAUCCGUCGUUUCCAUGAGGGCCGGGUGGACAACAUCCGCUCAGCGACCCCCGAGACUCUGGCCUUUGUGAAGGCCAUGACGGACGAGAAGACAUCUCUCUCUGAUUCAGAAAAGAUUAAACGAUUGUGGGAUGCGAUUAAUGCCCAGACAAAUUCCACAAUUGCAGCUAUUACAGGGAUGGGAAUAGACAAUCACCUUCUAGGACUCAGAGAGAUCUCACAGGAGAUCCAUAUGGAGAUGCCAGAGAUCUUCACAGAUGAAACCUACGUGGCCAGUAACCAGUUCAUUCUAUCCACCAGUCAGGUCCCCACCACAGUGGAGAUGUUCUGUUGUUACGGCCCGGUGGUUCCUAACGGUUACGGGUGCUGCUACAACCCACAGGCAGACCACCUCCUCUUCAGCGUGACCAGCUUCCACGGCAGCACCGAGACCAGCUCGGCCGUUUUUAUCAAGGCUCUGGACGAGGGCCUCGUAGAGAUGAGGGAUCUGUGCAGGACGAGCAAUAAGCCUCAGAGCAACACUGCUGCUGCCUCGAAGGCGGUUGAGAAAAGCCAAGGAGCUGGCAGCAAGCCUCCGAGCACACCUCAGAAAACAGGGAAAUAAGUCAUACUGAGAUAUCAUUACGGUGUCCGUAUUAGGACAGCCUCAGUAGUCACACUCAACUUCCCACAGAUUACGGUGUCCAUAUUAGGACAGCCUCAGUAGUCACACUCAACUUCCCACAGAUUACGGUGUCCGUAUUAGGACAGCCUCAGUAGUCACACUCAACUUCCCACAGAUUACGGUGUCCGUAUUAGGACAGCCUCAGUAGUCACACUCAACUUCCCACAGAUUACGGUGUCCAUAUUAGGACAGCCUCAGUAGUCACACUCAACUUCCCACAGAUUACGGUGUCCGUAUUAGGACAGCCUCAGUAGUCACACUCAACUUCCCACAGAUUACGGUGUCCGUAUUAGGACAGCCUCAGUAGUCACACUCAACUUCUGACACGUGUCCAGGUACAUGGUGAAAGUAGUGUUAGCUAGUUGUCCCGUGUGUAUAUUUUGGUGUUUUGUGCGAUAAAAGUAGAUGUUUCUACGACUUUAUCUCUCGAGUCAAUAUGAAUCGUUAACUAUGUAACAAUGUACAUUAAAACUAAAUAAGGAAGGUUAAACAUAUAGAUGUAGAAAAUACGAUGUAGACGCUGUCAUUCACCACCGGUAUUCUGUGGGAGUCUAGACAGACCACAGCUCACUGGUCUGGUAAUAGGAAACUAAAGCCAUGCCUGCUAUUUCAGCACUGUAGUGACGGACAGCUCCUCUUACUUACUCCUGAAUGAUCUCAGCGUAUGUAGGCUCAACGUACUGUUAAUUCAGCUUUGUCGAAACAACUCCUAAAUAUAUAUAUAUAUAUAUAUAUAUAUAUAUAUAUAUACCGGAAUAUAUCAUUGUCAAUAUAUUCACAUUUAUCGUGCAAACAUUGAUCAUAUUGUAACUAAUGGGAUUCAUGUCCGGACGGCAACCUAACCCAUAGGGAAAGAGCAAAAGUAGGAACUAGGUUUAAUAUCAUCACUAUAAUGAUGCUGCCAAAGAGGGAUAUCUAUCUAGUAAAGCCUAAAGCAGGGCUCUCCAACCCUGUUCCUGGAGAGGUACCCUCCUGGAGGUUUAUAUCAGGGCUCUCCAACCCUGUUCCUGUAGAGAUACCCUCCCGGAGGUUUACAUCACAGCACUCCAACCCUGUUCCUGUAGAGAUACCAUCCUGUAGGUUUACAUCAGGGCUCUCCAACCCUGUUCCUGGAGAGCUACCCUCCUGUAGGUUUAUAUCAGGGCUCUCCAACCCUGUUCCUGUAGAGGUACCCUCCUGGAGGUUUUAACUCCAACCCUGUUCCUGUAGAGAUACCCUCCUGUAGGUUUUAACUCCAACCCUGUUCCUGGAGAGAGACCCUUCUGUAGGUUUUAACUCCAACCCUGUUCCUGGAGAGAAACCCUCCUGUAACUCUCCAGGAACAGGAUUGGAGAGCCCUGAUGUAAACCUACAGGGGGUACCUCUCCAGGAACAGGAUUGGAGAGCCCUGAUGUAAACCUACAGGAGGGUACCUCUACAGGAACAGGAUUGGAGAGCCCUGGUCUAAAGGAUGACAGGCACUUUAAUGUCGGUUUACAAAUUACGGCUGGCAAUCUGUUUAGAGGUGCUAGGUACUCUCGGCCGGCAAACGCUACCGGUUUGUCCGUGCCUUUAAACUUGAGACGGAUAUGUUUACCAUACAAUAUUUCUAGAGGUAUUUCCACAGCUAUUGCUAGUAUAGAUUCUGUGCAAUAUUCUGUCAUACUGUCUAAUACUGUCUCAUACUGUCUAAUACUGCUUCAUACUGUCUAAUACUGCUUCAUACUGUCUAAUACUGCUUCAUACUGUUUCAUACUGCUUCAUACAGUCUCAUACUGUCUCAUACUGCUUCAUACUGUGUCAUACUGCUUCAUACUGCCUCAUACGGCUUCAUACUGUCUCAUACGGCUUCAUACUGUCUAAUACUGCUUCAUACUGUUUCAUACUGCUUCGUACUGUCUCAUACUGUCUCGUACUGUUUCAUCCUGCUUCAUACUGUCUAAUACUGUCUCAUACCGUCUAAUACUGCUUCAUACUGUUUCAUACUGCUUCGUACUGUCUCAUACUGUCUCAUACUGCCUCAUACUGUCUCAUACUGUUUCAUCCUGCUUCGUACUGUCUCAUAUACUGUCUCAUACUGUUUCAUCCUGCUUCAUACUGUCUCAUACUGCCUCAUAUUGCUUCAUACUGUUUCAUCCUGCUUCGUACUGUCUCAUAUACUGUCUCAUACUGUCUAAUACUGCUUCAUACUGUUUCAUACUGCUUC